AUGUCCUAUUCUAAUGGUGAAACUGGUGGGCAGCCAAGCUAUAACCUGUGCAACAGAAUCCAACGUUCCAGUUCUCAGGUGGGAAAUCUAAAUGGCCCCAGAAAGGCCUCGAAUUGGCUAGAAAUGCGAACCAACUUAAACAAUAUGCAGUAUUCUUCCGUGGCUCUGGAUCCAGAUUCAUUGGUGACAAAUGGAUCAAAGAUUCUUCCAAAUCCUGAGGAGGACAAUUCACAGGAUUCUGCUUUCCAAAUAACUAGUGAAUCUAUAGGACGCAAUGAGGUUCAGCAAGCCUAUACUGCUAAAUGCUUUUAUGGCCCAUAUUUAACAAAAACUAGCAUGCAAGGAGAUGUGUACAAUUUCUUGGAGAGGCCUAGUGGAUGGAAAUGCUUCAUUUAUCAUUUUACUGUAUUUCUACUGGUGCUGAUUUGUUUAAUUUUCAGUGUUCUGUCUACUAUAGAACAUUAUGCGGAAUUUGCCACUGGAACACUGUUUUGGAUGGAAAUUGUCCUGGUGGUGUUUUUUGGAGCUGAAUAUGUGGUGAGGCUCUGGUCUGCUGGUUGCCGAAGCAAAUAUGUUGGAAUUAAAGGAAGAAUACGUUUUGCCAGGAAGCCGAUAUCAAUAAUAGAUCUCAUCGUUGUGAUAGCUUCAAUUAUUGUUCUGAGUGUGGGAUCAAACGGACAAGUGUUUGCUACAUCUGCAAUAAGGGGAAUCCGGUUUCUGCAGAUACUUCGCAUGCUUCAUGUAGACCGACAAGGUGGCACUUGGAGACUCCUGGGGUCCGUGGUUUUCAUACAUCGCCAGGAACUCAUAACUACCCUGUACAUUGGAUUCUUGGGGCUAAUUUUCUCAUCGUAUUUUGUCUACCUUGCCGAGAAAGAUGCAGUGGAUGAGGAGGGACAAACUGGGUUUUCCAGCUAUGCUGAUGCUCUCUGGUGGGGUGUGGUGACAGUGACGACCAUUGGCUACGGGGAUAAAGUGCCACAGACAUGGAUUGGCAAGACGAUCGCAUCCUGUUUCUCUGUGUUUGCAAUCUCGUUCUUUGCUCUGCCUGCGGGGAUCCUGGGAUCAGGAUUUGCCCUCAAAGUACAGCAGAAACAGCGCCAGAAACAUUUCAACAGGCAGAUUCCUGCAGCGGCAUCUCUAAUUCAGACUUUGUGGAGGAGUUACGCAGCAGAGAAACCGCACGGCUGCCUGGCCACCUGGAAAAUCUACAUUACGUCGGCUCAGAACCCCAAGAAAACAGCAGCACCAUCCAGCCCAAAUCUCAGAAAACAGAGUAAAAGAUAUAAGAGAAAAGGAAAACCUGGGCGUGAUAAUGGUUCCACAUCUAUAAAUCCAGGAGACACGGCAUUACCUGUUCCCCAAAUUACUUACGACCACGUUGAUGAUCAAGAAGACAAGAAAGAAUUGAAUUUCUACCUUGAUGAACCUGGAGGUCUUACACGGAUGUUCAAGCAAACAGUCAAGAAGCAUUUGGAAAGCAACAGUGGUGGGAUGUCGAGAGCCAGCAGUUUCACUGAGGACGUGGACCUCGCUGCUGAAGAGGCCCUUCUGCCUGCUGUGACAGACGUCUCACAGUUAACAGAAACCCAUCGUGCGGCUGUCAAGGUUAUAAGGAGGAUGCAGUAUUUUGUAGCUCGAAGGAAAUUUCAGCAAGCUCGGAAGCCUUACGAUGUCCGCGAUGUCAUUGAACAAUACUCUCAAGGGCACCUCAAUAUGAUGGUUAGGAUAAAAGAACUCCAAAGAAGGCUGGACCACUCCCUGGGGAAGCCUGGCCUCUUUCUCCCAGAAAAAGGGGUAGACAAAGGAUACUACACAAUGGGAGCCAGACUGAUCAGACUGGAGGAUAAGGUCACCCAGAUUGACCAAAAGUUAAAUGACAUCAUGGAUGGUCUUCAGACUCAGUUUGGGAAGCUGUCACCAGCGCAGGCUUCCUCUUCAGCUAAGUGA